UUGAUAUAUCCAAAUUAAUUAUAUUAGUAUUUGAAAGACCAACUGAGAAAACAGUGAGUGUUUACGCGGGAAACUGCCGUCGAUUCGUCGGCGCACCAAUCGGAUUGGCAGCUAGUCAAUACGAUGGCUGACGCACCUAUCAGCAGAGCUAGCUGAUAUUGACCCGUGACCAUACCUAACAAGCUGCUAACUUCCGGUUCAGCACCCUACGGAUUGUUAAAAUUAAACCUCUUUUACAGUUAAAAAGUUUAAUUAUGUGUCUGUAUGGAUUGAUAGCUCACUUUCUUUUCUAAAGGUAUAUGAAAGAUCCUACCUGCGGACUCAGAGGGAAGAGUAUCUUAAACAACAGCUCGCACUGGAGAAAAUGGCCUCGGAGAUAAUAUUUCACACAAUUAAUAUCACAAACGCUUUGUCGCCUGACGAAUACUUUGAAAAUAUUUCACGUUCCGCCCUUCAAGAUAUAUUCUCGAAAGAUCCUUUUGGUGUGUACGCAGAGGAGAAGGUCCAGCGGACGUUGGAUGCAAUGAAGGGAAGACGUGACAAUCUAAUAAAGCUUAUAACUGAAUCACACACCAGCGUCACUGCCUUGUUCUUCUACCACGGAGUGAAGAAAGAGAUAGAAGGAUGGAAGCAAAUUGAGAAGAUACCCCCUCCGUCUGAGGAGGAAACGCAGAAAAUCCUGCAAAAGUGUAAGAUUUCUAUUAGUAAAUACGCAAAGGCCAUUCUGCUUUGCAAGUCGUUCAUGCGAAGUAACAGCUCCUUGGAAAUUCUCAUUGUCGGUGAUGAGGAAACUUACCAAGUGCAGGAAGUCGAGAAGGAAACGUUUGCUCUCAUCCGCCUUAAAGGGGGAGCAGAUGAAGCUAUUUGCUACGCUGAAACAGCCUCGUCCCCUGAAGACAGGAAGUUCGCCGCUCAACUCAUUAAUAUAAAUGGGGAUGAGGUGUUGAAUAAACCAAAGGUGUACGAGAGAAGCCGUUCAAACGCAUGGAACAACGAAGAUUCCAUUCUGAAACUCGCCACGGCUAUCAUGAGAGAAAACGCACAGAUGAAAGAAAAAUGCAAUAUUGAUGCAAUUGAAAAAAAAGACUUGGAAGCGUUGGAGACAUUGACUCGGGUAAGCCAAAAAGUGAUCAGUAAGCUGGACCCAGGCUAUUUAGAGCCACUUGGUGAGGGCAGCUUUGGCCAGGUAUUCAGGGCCAAGAAGGACGGUCAUGAGGUGGCCGUAAAGAUCCUGAAGAACAUCGAGAACCGCAAACAAAUCGAGGACUUUGAACGGGAAGUGGACACCCUGAGGGAAGCAAAGCACCCUAAACUUGUUAAAGUCCUUGACUGGAUUUUUAUCCCGAAUCAGCUAGCAAUUGUGAUGGAGUUCAUGGCGGCAGGAGAUCUUAAAGCCUAUCUGGAGAAAUACUACGGAACCGGACAGGGGAUAGAUUUUACUAUCAGAUUCAUAGAGGAUAUUGGCUCUGCCAUUGAGCAUCUUCACUCGCUCAAUAUCAUGCAUAGAGAUGUUAAACCUGAAAACAUUUUUCUGUCAGCUGACCACACAGUACUCAAAUUCGUAGACUUUGGUCUUCCUCGCGCAACUGAAGGGACCCGUCAAACAAAAACCCAGAUUGGCUCGUAUCGUUACAUGGCGCCUGAAGUGGUCACUACUGGAGGACGUUACUCCAAAAAAGCUGAUGUUCACAGUUUUGGUUUGUGUCUGAUAGAAGUGCUGAGUGGUAAGGAGGUGUAUGAUAACAUUCUGCAGCAUGAAACGGUGUUCAACAAGAAAAUGGCGGGAGAGAAUCCGACCAUUCCGGAUAUUUCUGUUGAAGAAUUUGGAGAGGAACUGGCCUUAAAGCUCAAAGAAAUUGUAGACGAGUGUCUGAGGCCAGAGAAAUCACGUCCCGAGAUGCAUUUUGUUCUCAACAUACUGAGAGGAAAAAUUACCACACGCACAAAUACAGUGGAGCUGUACUGCGUUGGAACUGGGACAGGCACAACGGCCGUCCUUCAUGGACAGCCAAGCUCCUCCGCAAUUGUGUUUCACAGAGGGAAACCUUUGCUUAUGGUGGAUGUUGGAGCCGGCGUCGUUAAAGCUUGUAGAGAGAGGCUUGCUUACAACGAAUUUCCAAGGAAUGUUUUUAUCACGCACAACCACCUGGAUCAUGCUGGUGAGCUGCCUUUGCUGUUUGCAUUCGAGAGCAUGCGGAGAUAUUUGGCUCGUGAACCUCGCCUGAGGGUUUUGUCUGGCCCUGAGGUUCAACAUAAACUGAAGAUACACAGAUUGGACGAGAUGCUCAGUUUAUAUACACCAGAACAAGCGGCAGAUUGGUUGGCGUGUGAACAAAAUGGAGGCCCAACCUAUUUGGAUGAUGACAAACAGUUUUCUAUUAAAACUUACAGGACGCUUCAUAGCGAAAUCUGUUAUGGAUUUGUGCUUUACUUCAAAGAGGAACCUAUUCUUGGUUACUGUGUAGACUCUGGUUUCAAGGAGGACGUGUUCGAGUUUUUCUUUCAGGCCUCCACCGUGAUAGUUGACGCAAGGGAUAAUGGCACCAAAGAACACGCUUCGUUCGCAGAGGUUGUUGAAUACGUGACGAAAAUUCAACCUUCAGACACAAAGGUGUACGUAACUGGAUACGGCAUUGACGCAGAGUACCCGGAUCAAGGGCUGCCAGGACUAGAGCAACUGCGAGCAGAUCAAUACAUCACACUCUGGGAUGAAGAAAAUGAUAGAAAUACCUAGUUCGAAGCCAGAUCACUUAGUGUCUUUCUAUGGGUGAACUCGAAGCUUUCUUUCCUGGUACAAGUGGAAUACAACAGUGAUCCACUCAAGAAACAACUCAAAAAUAAAAGCUCAAAAAGGUUGAUGAUUGUUCAUGAGUCUGAACAGAAAUAGAGUAGGAUAACCUUGUAAAGAAAUGGUUGGGCAAAAGGGGCAAAGGGUACUUUCUGUUGUUUAGAAAACUCAGAUUUCUUUAUAAUAAAGUUCAAUUAAGAAUGAAA